AUAAAAAAAACGUGUUUUCAAAAUUGUAUUAUAAUUACGUUCAACACGGACUCGUGGAAUUAUUUCUGUUGUAUUUGUAAUUUCGAUAUUCGACGGUUACAUCGUUAGCCGGUGUCAUUUACGUUUCGCACCGUGAUUAACAAUGGCCGAGGAAUUCGAUGACAAGAAAAAAGAACACAGAAAAAGGCAUUCUGGCAGGAAAGCCGAGAAAAAAGUUUUAAAGAAAAAAUUGGAUCAAGAUGAAGCUUCUGCCAGAAAAAGGAAUCCCAAAGCAUUUGCUAUUAACUCUGUUGUUAAUGCUCAAAGACGAUUCAGAAGGGCUCAAGAUUUGGAUACCAAAAAGCAACAUAUACCUCUUGUUGACCGCACACCUUUGGAACCUCCUCCAAUUAUUGUUGCUGUUGUUGGACCUCCAAAAGUUGGGAAAACAACAUUAAUUAAUGGCAUUAUAAAAAAUUUUACAAGACAACCUCUCACUACUAUUAAUGGUCCUGUUACCAUAGUGUCUGGUAAAAGAAGACGUAUUACACUAAUUGAAUGUAAUAAUGACAUAAACAGCAUGAUUGAUUUGGCUAAAGUAGCUGAUCUUGUUCUCCUUAUGAUUGAUGCAUCAUUUGGAUUUGAAAUGGAAAUAUUUGAGUUUCUUAAUAUUUGUCAAGUACAUGGAAUGCCCAAGAUAAUGGGUGUCUUAUCUCAUCUUGAUAUGCUAAAAAAUAACAAAACUCUUAAACGUACAAAAAAAUUACUUAAGCAUCGUUUUUGGACUGAAGUUUAUGCUGGUGCAAAAUUAUUUUAUUUGUCUGGUGUUCAUAGAGGAGAGUAUGUUCGUAAUGAAGUAAAAAAUUUAGGAAGAUUCAUUUCAGUUAUGAAAUUUAGACCUUUAACUUGGCAAACUUCUCAUUCAUAUGUUCUAGUGGAUCGUAUGGAAGAUCUUACACCACCAGAAUUAAUUCGACAGAAUGUAAAAUGUGAUCGUCGAGUUAGUUUGUAUGGAUUUGUUCGAGGUAUUCCAAUGAAUAAACAGAGUAGUGUUCAUAUACCAGGUUGUGGGGAUUCUCCUAUAUAUGAUAUGUGUUAUCUUCCUGAUCCUUGUCCUUUACCUGAAAAAUUAAAAAAGAGAAGUUUAGUUGACAAAGAGCGUCUUGUUUAUGCACCAUUUUCUGGAGUUGGUGGAAUUGUAUAUGAUAAAGAUGCUGUAUAUGUUGAACUUGGUGGCAGCCAUUCUCAUAGUAAAAUUAUGAAUAAUACACAAGAUAAUACUCCUGGCCGAGAAUUAGUAAACAAUAUAGUUGAGACACAAGAUACUUUAGAUCAAAAGAUUGAUCGUAGUGAAGUUCAAAUUUUUUCUAAUACUGAACCAAUUGUUUCCACUGAUUUUAAAGAAAACGAUGAUAAUAAUAUGGAAGAAGAAUUGUCUGUAACUAAUGUAACAGAUCCAAAUGAUGGUCGAAAUCGACGAAAAGUUAUAUUUCGUUCUGAUGAUAUGAAAUUUUCUGAUCUUGAUGAAUCUGAUACUCAAGAUGAUGAUGAUGACAAUGAUUCUGAAAUUGAAGAUGUUAACCCUAUGAGUGAAGAAAAUAAUGAUUCUGAUUCAGAAUGGUCAGACUCUGAAGAUGAAACUGAAAGCAAAAAAGAUAAAGCUGACAAGUCACGUUUUUAUGGACAAUCAUUUGGAAAAGAAAAUGAAAUCAGAAAAAAAAUUGCCAACGAAUUGGCAAAAUUAGACAAAAUCAACCAAGAAUCGAAUAUUAGCAUCUGGAAUGAACAAGAACAAGAACAAUCUGAUGAUGAGAUUGAAUAUGAUGAAGAUUCUGAUGCUGAAGAUUCUGAUGUUGAAGAUUCUGAUGCUGAAGAUUCUGAUGCUGAAGAUUUUGAUGCUGAAGAUGAUAGUGAUGAAUGUGAUAAUAACAAAGAGCACAAUAUUAAAACUAAAGCAAGUGAUGAAAAUGAUGUGGAUGAUAAAGAUAAAAAAAAUAGUUUAGUAGAUAUUAAUGGAGGAGAUUCAACGUUAAAUUGGAAGAAAAAUUUGGCACAAAAAGCAGCCAAUGCGUAUUAUGAACGACAAAAUUCAGUUGCUAAUCUAUGGAAAUUAGUUUAUGGUGAUGAAGUUAAUGAACAAAAAAAUGAUAGUAAGUCAAAUGAUGAUGAAGAUGAAAUAGGAGGCCUAUUUAGAGUAUCUUCAAUGAAAAAUAUUAAAAAACAAAGAGAAAAAGAUGACAUGAAUUUAGAAGAUAUAUCGAAAUUUAAUGUUGAUCAUCAACAUGACUGGAGUUUAUCAGAGGUUUGUGAUACUAUAAAAGACAUGUUUGUAACUGGUAAAUGGAAUCGUAAUGAAGAUGCUUCUACACUUCUUGAAGAUGAUAAUGAAGAACUUUAUGGUGAUUUUGAAGAUUUGGAAACUGGUGAAAAAGUUGAGGGCCAAGGUUUUGAUUCUGAUAACAGUGUUAUUGAAAAACCUAAUAAGCCAUUAACUGAAGAUGAAUUAAUUGAAAAAAAGAAAAAAUUAAAAGAACAGUUUGAUGAAAACUAUGAUGAUAAAGAAGGAGGUCCAAGUACAUAUUAUGACGAAUUAAAAGAAGAAGCUUCUAAACAAGCACAACUUAACAAGAGCCAGUUUGAAGGAAUGGAUGAUGAAAUGCGUGUUCAACUAGAAGGAUAUAGAGCUGGAAUGUAUGUUCGGGUAGAAUUAGAUGCAAUGCCAUGCGAAUUAGUAAGCAAUUUUGACCCAUCUUAUCCAUUAAUAGUAGGAGGAUUACAAAGUGGGGAAGAAAAUAUUGGAUUUUUGAAAGUACGAAUUAAGAAACAUAGAUGGUAUAAUAAAAUACUCAAAAACCGAGAUCCUAUUAUAAUAUCAAUGGGUUGGAGAAGAUUUCAGACAUUACCAAUAUUUUCCAAACAAGAAGAUAAUAUGAGACAUAGGAUGCUUAAAUACACACCUGAACAUGUCAUGUGUAUGGCUCACUUUUGGGGUCCAAUGACCAAACCUGGUACUGGAUUUUUAGCUGUACAAGAUGUUUCAUCCAAACAGGCUGGUUUCAGGAUAACAGCUACUGGGACAGUUGUUGAUACAGACCAAUCAACUCAAGUUACUAAAAAGUUGAAAUUGACUGGCACUCCUUUAAAAAUCUAUAAACGUACAGCAUUUAUUAAAGAUAUGUUUAAUUCUACUCUGGAAGUAACCAAAUUUGAAGGAGCUCGUAUUAAGACUGUUUCUGGUGUUCGAGGUCAGAUUAAAAAAGCUUGCCCAAAACCAGAAGGUUCAUUCAGAGCAACUUUUGAAGAUAAAAUUAAAAUUAGUGAUAUCGUGUUUUGUCGUACAUGGUAUAAUGUUGAAGUUCCAAAACUUUAUAAUCCUGUUACAUCGUUGUUGUUGCCAUUGAAUGAAAAAAACUCAUGGCGUGGUAUGAAGACUACAGGACAACUAAAAAGAGAACAAGGCAUUAAAGCACUUCCUCAAAAUGAUUCAAUGUAUACUCCAAUACAUAGGAGUAUGAAAUAUUUCAAGCCUCUCAAAUUGUCUAAGAAUUUACAAGCUCAGCUACCGUAUGCAGACAAACCCAAGACAUUGGCAACCGCUAAAUUAGACUUGAAAAAACAACGUGUGGCUGUGGUUAGAGAUGGUCAUGAAGAACAGGUUGCUUCUUUAAUGAAGAUGAUUCGAACCACUUACAAGGAGAAGAAACGAAAAGAUAGAAAAGAUAUGAGAGUGAGAGUUAGGCAACAUAAGAAAGACAUCCAAACAGAAGUGAGGGCUAAAUAUAAGAGAGAUCAACAAAAGAAAAAAGCUAUUAUGAGAAAACGUACAAAAAUGUCGUCUAAUAAAUAAUUUGUGUUUAGUCUAUUGUUUACCAUUUUUAAAUCGAUAUCUUAAAUUGUUUUAUUU